CAAAACUUUGAGGAGAGAUGGUCCAAAAUUAUUUGCAGCAAUUCACUUCUGUUUCUCUCUUUUUUCUCUUGGGAUUCUCUCAAGUCAACCAAUUUUCUUCUAUAAAUAUUAAUUCAGCAUUCAGCUUGGUUCACUCUCCUAAGACAAAGGGACAAAACCCAAAACAAAAACACGAGGAAACUGAAAACUUACUCUCUUUGUCCCCUCCCUCUCCCUUUCUCUCUUUCUUUCUGAGUGAUGGACACAGAUCAGGAAGCUCCAUCCACGCCGGGGACACCUGGAGCUCCUCUUUUUGAAGGGAUCAGGGCGGAACACCAUGGAAAUGGAAAUGGUAAAAGAUCUCUUCUCAAGAACUGCAUCUCUUUCAAUGCCGAUGAUUGGACCAAUGAAGAAAGAGGCUUAUCCUCCAAGGUCUCUUGUUCAUUGUCGCCUCCUCCUAUCUCGCUUGCAAGAAAGGUGGGAGCAGAGUUCAUCAGUACUCUGAUGCUCAUCUUUGCUGGAACCGCCACGGCCAUUGUAAACCAGAAGACACAAGGAACCGAAACACUCAUCGGCCUAGCAGCCUCGACCGGGCUGGCGGUGAUGAUUGUCAUCUCGUCGACUGGCCACAUCUCUGGAGCCCAUCUGAACCCGGCCAUCACCAUUGCUUUUGCAGCACUAAAGCACUUUCCAUGGAAGCAUGUUCCGGUGUAUAUUGGAGCUCAAAUGGUGGCUUCUCUGUGUGCUUCUUUUGCAUUGAAAUGGAUCUUUGAUCCAAUAAUGGGGGGAGGAGUCACUGUUCCUUCAGUUGGAUAUGAGCAGGCUUUUGCUCUAGAGUUCAUCAUUAGCUUCAACCUCAUGUUUGUCAUCACCGCAGUCGCCACUGAUACUCGAGCUGUGGGAGAUUUGGCGGGAAUCGCGGUAGGAGCAACAGUCAUGCUCAAUGUCCUCAUCGCCGGGGAAACAACUGGAGCUUCAAUGAAUCCAGUGAGAACACUGGGGCCAGCCAUAGUUACAAAUAACUUUAAAGCCAUAUGGGUUUACCUCACAGCUCCCAUCCUAGGGACAUUGUGUGGGGCUGGCAUCUACACUGCAGUAAAGUUGCCUGACGAACAUGGCGACGUGCAUAGGAAGCCUUCUGCCGAGCGCAGCUUCCGAAGAUGACGAC